AUGGCAGUCGGCCUGCUGGGAAUAGUUCCUGUUGCAGUGGCUCAAACUAUUCAAGCAGGUACAAAUUGGAAUGAAACUGAUAUUAUCAAAGAUGUUGAUACGGCGCCAACUGAGAGUGAAGAUGAAGGAGGAGACAUUUUGCUCAAUACAACGAUGAUGUCAGUCCCUGCGGUCUUCUCAAUUGAUGAAGUACACCAGAGCACUAUUCACGAUUCUGAGCUGUCUUAUCUCAAGAAAGCAUUUCAAACGAAUAAUUGGCCCAAGGAGCUCAAACGUUUUCGGCUCAUUCAGCAUGAACAGCUAUGUAUUGUGGAUGCACGCAUAUUCCGGGUUGCUCGCAUUGUUCUGACAUUGUCGCUUCAUACAAGAACUCUAGAAGUUGCACACAAGGGACUCAUUUCAUACAGUGAAAUGAAUGCUGAGUUGGGGACUGAAGUUUGGUGGCACACAAUCAUGUGA